AUGUCAUCAAUAUCAGAAAUCGUGCCUCCUCAAUUUGUCGCCGCAGGAUCAUUCAGCUCGAUCCACACUUUCGGUAGUGAUCAUGUUAUUAAGCGCCCUUCAUCGGAUGAAUUUGCUCGGCAGGCGUUCGACAUCGAAGUCAGCGCAUACAAGCGGUUAGGUAACCAUUGUCGAAUCGCUGUACUUAGUCGUGUGACAAAUGAAGGCAUCGUUCUAGAACGUGGCGAAUGCCUUCGCAAAAUAAUCCACGGGCCGGAAUCAGAAAAAAUCACGAUACGUACAAGACUCCGUUGGGCCCAGGAGGCUUCGGAAGGUCUGUCCUACAUCCACAAAAACCGCAUUAUACAUGCGGAUGUUGGUUGUCAUAACCUUAUCUUGGAUCGGUUAGGUCAUAUAAGGUUCAUUGACUUUGCCGGCUCUGGUAUGGAUGGCAAGCCUCCAUUGGUUUGUUACGAAUGGUGUGCCUCUCGCGGUGACUCUACAACUACCGAGAAAACGGACAUAUUUGCGUUUGGAUCAACAUUAUUUGAGAUUGAGUCCGGCAACGUGCCUUACCAUCAGUUCCGCGAAACAAUGGAGAUAUUCGAAGCGUUAAGAGCAGCUGAACAACGCUUUGCUGCCGGAGAAUAUUCUAAUAUGGAAAAUCUUCUAUUCCGCCAUGUUAUCACAAAAUGCUGGGACGGGACUUAUUCCCGUAUGUUUGAAGUUGAGAAAGACCUUCAAAGUUUGGAAGUGGUAGACAAUGAAAUUAACCAAUCUUCUGCCUGA